GAGCUGUGAGUGCUCCAUUAGAGAGAAUGAGAAAAAGGCGCGAGUAUUUAAAAGGUAAAUAGGAAAGAAUGGAAAAAAGAUGACGUGUGAGGAUUGCAUGGAUUUGUUGGAAUUAGUAUGGAUGUUGAAGGAUGCGAUGGAUGAAGGAGCUAAGAGAGUCAAGGGAAAUUAAUGGAUAUAUAAUUAAUUUAAUAAUUAAUUUAAUGGAUAUCUGUGAAGAUGGGGAAUCAAGGGACAAAGAGAUAGUGGAAAUUGAAUCGAGAGGUUGGAGAAAUUGCAGGAAAUGUGGAAUGAAUAGGAUGAAACAUCACCUGUAGAUGUGCAUCUACUAUAUAAGAAGACGCUGAAAGAAACUUUUAUCAGUCUAUUUUUAACUUGUCACCGAUUUUAUGGUUCUUUCCCCCUUCAUAAUUUCACCAUCGUAUUGAAUACAAGUUCAGUACAUGUCUAUCAUUUAAAAGACCUGAAUAAUAUUACAUCAGAGUAAACGAUCUCGAAAGUGCAAUAUUUCUUCUAAAGUUUAAAGAAAAUAAAUCCCAUUCAAAAACUUAUUAUCAUCUCGAAAAUAAAUUUUAAAAAUGUUAUUGUCAAUCAAAUAUAUUCUGGCAAGUUUUAUUUUUCUCCUGAUUUUCAUAUUGACGAUUGUCAAUAAAUUCUUUAAAAAUAAAGAAUUCUACAAAAAAGCUGCUCUCCUACCUGGACCACGAAUAAUACCCUUACUUGGCAAUAUUCAUCUAUUUUUCCGCAUUAAAUCAAAUUUUAUGAACACUGUAUAUGAAAUGUAUGAUUCGUACCCUUCAGUAUUUAGACUAUGGAUCUUCAAUUUUUUACUCGUUGUUAUUUACGAUCCAAAAACAAUUAAAGUUGCUCUAGAAAGUUCGAAACUUUGUGAAAAACCCAAAUUCUAUAAAUAUUUUGAAUUAUGUGCCGGUAAAGGAAUAUUUACAGCAGACGUACCAGUAUGGCGUAUGCAUCGUAAAUUAAUGUUACCAGCUAUUAAAACUUUACACAAAUCAACGGAAGUCUUUCAAAAGCAUUCCGUUAUUGUUUUAAAAUAUUUAUCAAUCAUGGCAAAUGGUGAAGAAUUUCAUUUAGCAAAUGUGACAUUUACUUAUGUAUUGAAUACUUUAUUAGAGGCAAUUGUGGGCGAAGAUGUAUUUUUAGAACUGGAGAUGAAAGAAAAUUAUGCCACGUUUAUGGAAAAGGGAGUGGAUUCAGCUUCAUAUAAAAUAUUAACUUCAAUGUUAAAGACUACUGAAGAGACGAAAAUGAUAAAUACGAAUGAUCAGCCCAUGUAUAAUUUUCUUAAGAACAUUGUUCACCAGAGAAGAAAACUUAUUAUUCAAAACGACAAUAGGCGUAUAAGAAAUACAUUUUUGGAUUUAUUAUUAGAAAGGACAUUCAAUGAAAAUGAAUUGACCGAAGAAGACGUUUGGGAAGAAAUUAAAGCCAUCAUUUCUGCAGCAAUACACACUACACCCCUUACAGCUGCUUUUGCACUCCGAAUAAUGGCAUCAUUACCAGAAAUACAAAGUAAAGCACGCAGAGAAAUUGAUAAGAUUUUCGACGAUGCAGAUGAUGAAGGAAGAAAAAUUAGUAAUGAAGAUUUAUUUAAAAUGGAUUAUUUGGAUAGAGUUAUUAAGGAAACUAUGCGCCUAUUUCCCGGAGCUCCAACUAUUUGUCGUACAGUAACGGAGGAUUUUAACACUGGCGAGCACAUUUUGCCAAAAGGAAGUACUUUAUUUAUACCAAUAUUCCAUAUCCAUCGGAUUGAAAAAUUUUGGCCAAAUCCUCUAAAGUUUGAUCCUGAUAGAUUUCUUCCUAAUGAAAUUGCCAAUCGACCUUCCAUAUCUUAUUUACCAUUUAGUUCUGGUCUAAGGAAUUGCAUAGGAAAUAAAUUUAGUUCAGCAGCAUUGAAAAUGCUCCUAUCUAUGGUUCUUCGAAAUUACAGGUUAGAAUGUAAUGAUAAAACACCAAUAGGAAGAAUUAAAGUUGAAGAUAGAACUUUACUGAAACCAUUGACGCCAUUAAAAAUAAAAAUUAAAAAAUUUAAUUAUGAUUAUGAUCAGGGACCGCUUGUGAAACGAAACUAAUCUUUCGAGACGGUCCCUGAUUAUGAUGUUUGAAUUUAUUUUUGUAAUCUUGGAUUUAGAUUUUAAUAAGAUUUAUAAUUAUUUCUGCAAUGUUGUAUAUUUUAAUAAAUAAAAUGUGUUUGCGGUUUAAAAAAUUGUAAUGAUUUCUACAUCUCAGACCCUGACCUCUAUCAUUUUCUCUUC